CAAUAUAAAAUGAUACGUUAAUUAUUGCUAGAAAUAUAAAGAAUAAUUUAAUGAGACAUUUUUCAUUACAGACUCUAACAAUGUCUCUAAAGGUCACUCUACUUGUGGUGUCACUGAUUUCUCAGUGCUGUUCUGCACCAUAUAGGAGAAACUGGACUCCUCAGGCAAUCCUCUACCUAAAAGGAGCACAGGGACAGCGCUCGACCCUGGAGCGCAGCAGCAGGGAAGAGGAGGGAGCUUACCGCUUAGUAAACUUUAAUGAGAUCAGCGAUGGAACGGAUUUGUUUCCAGCUUCAGUCGUCCAAUCAAAGUUCUUGCAAAGACCUGCAGAAGCAGGCGAAGGCAGACCUGAAUAUCACCAAGACUGGAAUUUAAAAUAUAUGUGAUUUUCUUUUUUCAUGAUCCAGUUGUUGUAUUUUCUGGAUCUUUUAACCUUGAAAUGUUGGUGAGAAUAGUUCAUCUGCAUAAAAUUGACUCAGAAAUAAACUUUAUUGUUUGGCAACUGCAUUUCUAAACUGUACAUUGAUUAUUAUUGACUGCAUUCUCUUAAUAUUAUAUGUGUUUAUUGGCAGUUCUGAAUAAACCUGGGAAAUUAAUUU